UGUCGAUAGUUGGCGUAUUGUGUUCCUGUGAAAAAUGAAUGGAACUUGUGAAAUAAAUAAAUUGCAUUCUAACUGGGAAUCUCUAAGUGAGUACGAACGAAAGCGCUAUUCAAAUGUAAUUAGAAACUGGGAAGUUCUGAAAUCUUUAGGGGUUGCUUCGAAACUUCCUAAAUUUCUGGAGCCUGAGAAAAAAGCACCUUCAAAAGUAAACAAAUUUCCAAGAAAUCAGCAAAGUAUUCCUAAAAGUCAACAAAAUGUCAAAGACUUCGAGAAAACGAGUUUCAAGUUAUUUGCUGCAUCUGAAUCUCAAAAGAGAAACGAAAAGCUUUGUCAAAAGAGUAAGAAUUAUAACCGUUUCACUAUUUUGCUUUAUAAAAAAUGCAGUUGUAAGUAUGAAAGCAUGAUAGAACUAUUGUGCAAAAAUUACUUGAAAGAACCAGAGAUGAAGAUUCAUCCAAGAGAAUUUGGCUUAAAGAAGUUUGCAAGGACUUUGCUGGAGAGAGCUCAGCGUCAUUUUAAAGAUUUGGAACCCUUUUUACCUGAAGAUGACCAGGUCAUUGAAGACGAAAUAGACAAAGAACUUGAAAUUCCAAGUCGAUAUCCUAAAAGGAACAUCAAGCAAAAAUCUUAUAAAGAAGAAGAUGUCUCCAGCGAUGACGAGUUCCUUUAUUGUGAUUUUUGCGACUGUGACUACAAAGGCGCUUGUCCAAAACAUGGUCCUAUGCUUUGGGUAUGUGAUCGAAGAGUUCCCAAAAACUCAUCAGACCGAGCUGAGCUGACAAUUCCAAGUUUUCUCUCGAUUGGAAUAUCGAGCAUUCCAAAAGCAGGACUCGGAAUAUGGACAGAAAUCCCAUUGCCUAUAGGAACAGUGUUCGGUCCCUACAAGGGAAAGAUUAUUAGAACAAGACAAGAGGCAGAAAAAUCUGGUUAUUCUUGGAUGGUAUGGAAGGGAGAGAGAGUGAAUCAUUAUAUUGAAGGUUUCAAAAAGGAUAUUUCCAACUGGUUGAGAUUCGUGAAUUGUGCUGAUAAGGAAGAGAAACAAAAUUUAGUAGCAAUCCAGUACAAGAAACAAAUCUAUUACAAGACUUACAGAGAUGUGUUGCCAUUUCAAGAGCUACUCGUGUGGUAUGGGGGAAAGUAUGCCUCUGAUCUAGGAAUCAGCUUGAAAAGGGACAUUGAAACCAACCAAUUAAAUAUGACUAGUAUAUUGCAUUUGUGGUUUAUGUAUAUACAUUCAAUGCUACUUUUAUUUUUACAACAACUUGCAGUUAGAUCCGAGAUUAACAUAGUUUACAUUAUAGGUGUAGAAGGUGUGGCAUGCGAUGUCUGCAGUUCAUUGUUCACAUCCGUGGAUGCCAUGGAGCGACACAGGAGGAAACAUCCCCAUCAGGGACACGAUCGAAGGCACCGAUGUCCCCACUGCGUCUACUCCACUAACAACACAAGUAAUCUACGACAUCACCUCACUACUCACACGGGUGUGAGGAGACACGGAUGUCCCCACUGCCACAAGACAUUCACUGAAAAAGGAAGUCUCAAGACACACCUGAGGAUCCACAGUGGAGAGAGACCCUUCUCUUGCGGAGUGUGCGGAAGUGACUUCAUUCAAAAAGGACACUUGGAGAGACACGAGAGAAGUCACAGCGGCAUCAGACCUUACAGAUGUUCCACCUGCGGAAGAGAUUUCACCCAAUUAGCACAUCUUCAAGCACACAUAAGAAUCCACACACUGCAGAGACCCUACAAGUGCUCCGUCUGCCAAUACAGGGCCACCACAUCUUCCAAUCUUAAUAAGCACGUUAUUCUGAAACACACAAAACAGUUCCCCCAUAAGUGUCACCUGUGUGAAAGAGGUUUUGUUAAACAGAGUCUUCUUAAACGACACAAAGACCGCAUACAUCCUCAAUACAAGUAAAUAAAUAAAGAACUGCACAUAAUG